UCUAAACAGUUAAAUUGCUUUUUCUGCUCACUUGUCUCACAGGUGUGGUACAUGGAUGGUUAUCACAACAAUCGCUUUGUCAGGGAGUACCAGUCAAUGUAUGACUUCAUGACAACAGAUAACUUCACGUCCCAUCGCCUGCCUCAUCCGUGGUCUGGUACUGGCCAAGUUGUUUAUAAUGGAUCCAUUUACUAUAACAAGUUUCAGAGUCACACCAUAAUCAAAUUUGACUUUAGCACAUCACUUAUCAGCCGCUCCAGACAGCUUGACUUUGCCGGUUACAACAACAUGUACCAUUACUCAUGGGGUGGGCACUCUGAUAUCGACCUCAUGGUGGACGAGGGCGGGCUCUGGGCUGUGUAUGCAACCAAUCAAAAUGCUGGCAACAUUGUGCUGAGCAAAUUAAAUCCAAACACUCUUCAAAUAAUCCGCAGUUGGACCACCAACCACCCAAAGCGAAGUGCCGGUGAGGCCUUCAUGAUCUGCGGAACAUUGUAUGUCACCAAUGGUUACUCAGGAGGAACUAAGGUUUACUACGCCUUCUCUACCAACUCCUCCACCUACGAGUACAUUGACAUUCCCCUGACCAACAAAUACAGCCACUUGUCCAUGCUCGAUUACAAUCCUAGAGACAGAGCACUUUAUGCCUGGAACAACGGCCACCAAGUUCUGUAUAAUGUAACGCUUUAUCAUAUAAUACAGUAACUAGACUGUAUUGUUCCUCUGUGUCACAGUUUGAUAUGAUAUGAUUCUUACAUAACACUCUACAUUUUCUCUCACAUUUUCUGACUUUAAGACAAAAGCAAUUAUUCAGAUAAUUUAUGUGCUUCCAGGGCAAAUAGGUUCACUGACUGAAACUGUUGAUCACAGCUGCAGAGAACCAUAAAACCGACUGUUCCUCGCUCAAACCCUCUCUGCACUGCACAGUUUUACAGGUGUUUCUUAGCAUGGGACGCCACAAUAAGAUGUCAGCGUGUCAAUCGUGGACAAAUAAAAAACAGCACUCUAAGAACUAUGGAACUCCAAAAGUAUUUCUGAUUUGAUAAGUUUUUUAAAUUGUUACAGCACCAAAUAUUGGAUUAAGAUGCCUGUUGUGAAUUUUACCCAGAGCUUUGUCUUUUCAUUCACAAGUCAUAUAAACCUUAACGCUGGGCUGGAAAUCAUUAAUCAAGCUGUUAAAAACAUUUCUAUUCUCAAAGACUGCUGUAAAAAAGGUUUUUUAAAAAACCAAAAAGUAAUGAAAGUGUUUCUAGUUUAAGAAACUAACCAGAUACUCCUGGUUUUUGUAAUUUCCCAAGUCCAGACAUUUUCUUGGUACUGAAAAUAUGGAACAAAGUACUGGACUGUUAACUUUUAGAUGUUAAAAUGUUAUUUUAUUGUUAAGGAUUUUAGGAAAUUCAUUGAUUUAUUUUCCUCAAACUGUUCCUUUUAGCCUUGAAGUCACUUGCUUUCCAAAUUACAACAAAGUGUUUAAAUAAAAUAUAUUUAUUGUUUUGGGAUUGUUUGUAUUUUUUUCAGAAUCUAUAACUUUAGGAUUCCAAUUCAAAAUUGAAUUUUAUGAUUUUUUUUAAAUGUAACAUAUCAAACAGCAAUAGUUAUUGUUCUCUUUUGCAAAAAAGUAUUGUUAGAACUUUUUGUAGGACAAGCAGAACUUUAAAGUCUGUAACUUUUCGUAUGACUUUCUGUGCUAUCAUCUUAGUUUGUGAAACAUCAUUUCUGCUGAAAUAUAAACCCUUUUUUCCUGAAUAACAAAAAUCCACAUUUACUUAAAUGAUGAUAAUAUUCUAUGGUGUUUCUCAGUUUUGUUUUGUUUUUUUUACAUACAAGCAGAUUUUUUUAUAGACUCAGAAAAUUAAUUUAUUGGCUUGUGAAAUAAUUUUGUUCAUUUUGGUGUUCGGUGCCAUGUAAAGUAAUCCAAAUGGAUCCAUUAAUUAUACAUAUGGUUAACAGUUUGACUGUUUAUUCUAUUGGUUUGUGUAGAUUUUGUGUAACCAUUAAUACAAGUCAAGAAUCAACAUGAACAUUUUCACUGUUUUGUGUAGAUUAAGCAAAUAAAAGUGGGAACUGUGCAGAUGUGUGGA